AUGGCUCGUUUCGACGGCAAAGUCGUGGUCAUCACGGGCACCUCUUCAGGCAUCGGGCGCGCCACUGCAAAGCUGUUCCUCGACGAAGGCGCGUCGGUGUUUGGCAUCGACCGUGCACCUGUGCCUGUGCCUGUCCCAACAUCGACAGCGGCAGAGACAGAAACAGAAACAGCAACAGCGACAGUGACAUCAGCAGAGUCAGAGACAGAUACAGGGCCACGAUUUCUAUUUCACCAGUGCGACCUCACCGCGCCCAACGCAAUCUCCACGGCCAUGUCGUCGUGCCGGGAGCGAUUCGGCGCCCAUGUCGACGUGCUGGUCAAUGGGGCGGGAGUACUCGACUCGUGGGCCAGCGCCGACAGCGUGACCGACGACGACUGGCAGCGCGUCAUGGCCAUCAACCUCGACGCACCGGUCAAGCUGAUGAGGGCGGUGCUAGCCACGAUGAAGGCGCAACGAUCCGGUGUCAUCGUCAACGUGUGCAGCAAGGCCAGUGUCAGUGGCGCCUCGGCCGGCGUCGCCUACACCGCAAGCAAGCACGCCCUGGCCGGAGUCACCAAGAACACGGCCUGGCGGUUCCGCCGGGACGGCAUUCGCUGUAACGCAGUGUGUCCGGGGGGCGUCGCCACGAACCUGGGCGCCUCAGUUGUGCCCGGGAAUUUCGACAUGCAGGCAUUUCAGACUUUCCAGCCUGUCAUGAACCUCCAUCUCCACGACAACGACGACAAGUCGGGCGUGCAGAUGGCGACACCGCAUAUCCGGCCGGAGGAUGUGGCUGAGGGAAUCGCCUUCCUCGCGUCCGACCAGGCCAAGAUGAUCAAUGGCGCCAUGUUGCCCAUCGACACGGCGUGGUCAACCAUAUAG